AGCCGCUACAAAUAGAGGAGUCAGUAUCUACACGAUCAUCACUGUCAACACCCCCUCGCCCCUACCUCGCAUGCCACUCGUGCACCUCUCGCCCUCUCUCCUCCUCCUCCCCACUCGCGCCGCCAAGCACUCCCACCUCCCCCUUGUCCCUCGCUUCUCCCCCUCCCCCUCCUUCCUCACUACCUCUGCCGCACACGCCAUGUCCAAGCCCAAGAUCCUCCUCACCCGCUCCUUCCCCACUUCGCUCCUCGCAGAGGCGGAAAAGGACGGCAAGAUCGAACUCGUCUCUUGGCCUCACAAGGAGAAGCCGGCGGAUCGCAAAUGGGUGCUGGAAAAUGCAAAGGGAGCAGCGGGAAUCGCCAUCACCAUGACUGAGAAGGUCGACGAAGAACUCCUCUCCGCGGCCGGCUCCUCUCUCAAGUGCAUCUCUACACUCUCGGUGGGCUACGAUCACAUCGACGUCCGCCUCUGCAAAGAGCGCAACAUCCGCGUCGGCAACACCCCUUCUGUUCUGAACGAAGCCGUCUCCGACCUCUCCCUCCUGCUGAUCCUAGCCAUCACCCGGCAAGCUCCCGCUGCCACGCGUGUGGUACGCGAAGGAAGAUGGAAGGAUACGCCCAUCAGUCCAAUGGCCUUUACUGGACCCUCACUCAAGGGCAAAACCAUCGGCUUCUUUGGCUUCGGCGGAAUUGCACAGACCCUCGCUCUACAGCUAGCCAACUUCGACGUGGCUCGUAUCCUCUACAAGACUUCUCGAGAGCGCAAAUUCGACUCCUCGGACGAGUACUUUGGGGAAUUUGGAAAGGCACAUUGGGAAGAGAGACAGACGCUGCGACAAAAGUGUGGAAAGGAGCGGAUUGAAGUGGGCAGUGUGAGCUCACUCGACGCUCUAGCAAGGGAGAGCGACAUUGUCGUUGUCCUCGCUUCCCUCUCUCCCUCGACAAAGCACGCAAUUGGCUCCUCUUUCUUCGAGCAGAUGAAGUCCUCCGCACACCUCAUCAACGUCUCCCGCGGCCCACUCGUGGACACUUCCGCCCUCGUAUCUGCGCUCAAAGAGGGCAAACUCGCAGGAGCAGCUCUAGACGUCCUCGAAGGAGAACCAGCAAUCCCUGCUGACCACCCACUGAUCGCAGAUCCAGACGUGAAGGACAAGGUCUUCCUCCUUCCGCAUAUUGGAUCGGCCAAUACGGAGACGAGGAUGAGGAUGAGCGCACUCACGGAGCAGAAUGUACUUGCGGGAGCGGGAGUGCCAGGGGCUGGAUUUGAGGGACAGGAGGGAAGGAUGGAGUUUGAGGUGUAGCGUAGCGUAGCGUAGAGGAGAUGGGAGGCGAGGAGGAGAUUGGCAUGAACAGGAGACGGACGUUGGAGAUCUACCCACGUACGGACUGUAGAGUCGAGAUCAGAUGAAGGCAUAGCGAUAAUACCGCAUACAGACUGCACUACAGAAGACAAAGCGAGGCAGGAGAUCACACGACAGCGGUUGGGGAGAAGCAAUGUAUGGUAUUGAUACUAUCGCGGACAAUGUAUUCUCUUCUCGAUGGGAUACAUGUGUACUAUCCUCCCAAUCGUUUCACGAUCAUUAUCAGCAGUGACGAGUCCUCUGCUGCC